UACAACUGUUCAGGCUCAAGGAUAUCACCCUUCACUCGCAUUCAUACUGUUCACAGCUGUGUUAUCUCUGUAACUAUGGCAAAGGACAUGACAUUGCUAUGGGCGUCUGGUUCUCCACCAUGCUGGAGAAUUAUGAUUGUCCUGGAAGAAAAGAACUUGAAAGGUUACAAUCAGAAACUGCUUUCUUUUGAGAAAGGAGAGCACAAGGCAAAAGAGACCUUGGAAAUUAACCCAAGAGGACAGGUUCCCGCUUUCAAACAUGGCAAUAACGCUGUGAACGAAUCUAUUGCAGCUUGUCUGUACCUGGAGAAUCAGUUCAAGUCCAAUGGAACCAACCUGAUCCCUCAGAAUGCACAAGAACAGGCUUUAAUGUAUCAGCGCACAAUUGAGAUUCUGAACUUGCAGCAGAAAAUAAUCGAUGUUGUGACAUACACACGUCGUGUGCCCGAAGAAGAGAGACAUGACUCGGCUGUGAAGAGAAACAAAGAUGCCCUUGCUGCAGAACUGAAGAUAUGGGAAGGUUACAUGCAGAAGGGUGGACCAUACAUGGCUGGAAAGAGCUUCUCUUUGGCUGAUGCUGUUUGCUUCCCAACGAUUGCCCUUGUUUUUCGCCUUGGGUUAGCUCAAGAGAAAUAUCCCAAACUGGUUGGAUAUCACAACCUGAUGAAGGAACGUCCCAGUGUUAAAGCCAGUUGGCCCCCACACUGGUUGGAGAACCCUAAGCCCAUGGACAUGCUGAAGGAUCUCUGAGACUUCCACAGUGUCUGAUUGUGCCACAACUGCGCCAUGAUUGUGCAAAUUACUUGUGGGUCCAAGGGGUUUUAAGCUUUUUUUUUCUCUCUCCCUCUCAGAUACCCUUUGUAAUAAUUGGAAGCAAAAGUGUUUUACUCGAAUUACUUUGUUUGUCUAACUUGAAAAUAAAUCUGAAAACAUACCAAAAAAAUCACUCUAGGUUCUCAACACUUUUCUUUCAGUAUGGAACAAGCUUGGUCACAAGCCACGUAUGAGACAGUCACAGUGAAGUGUCACUGAUGUGCAGGUCUCCUUUACUUUCAGCAGACUUUUUGUAGGAGGCAAUGUGAGACUGUUUGUUACCUGGGGGGGUGUACCUGGGGGUCAGUAUAGUCAGUGCAGGAAAGCAUUCACAUUCCUGUUUCAACACAUUGUCUCCCCUUCUUUCCUCGUGAUACCACGAGUACAACCCCCUCCGUUACUUCUUAUUCUGUGGUUUCAGUCAUAUUUACUGGAGACCCGCUAGGGUAUUUCCUUCCAGAUAAUAUCCAUAUCAGAUUCCCAUCUCUUUUCUGUGUAGUCUCCCAGGCCCUGUGUCUCUCAUACUUUUGUUUUCCUGUGACUCAUACAAACAUAUCUCUGUUCUCCCUGCUUCAGUUCGCUUGUAAGUCAUCGUGUAAGGAGAUUUUUUUUGCAGACUAUGUUUUUUAAAUAAACAUCUCAGACAAA